CUCAACAACCCACCGGUCGUCGAGACGAUCCGCCACCGCCUUGUCCUCGGCAGCGGCCCUGUCCCUCCUCGCCUGGUCUUUUCCCGUCCGAGGCGGCCAUACAGACAAGCUCACCGACAUGCCCUUCCAGCGCUCCUCCCUCUCCUCCCUGGCGCAAUGGGUCGCCGUCGCCCUAGGCCUCCAGCACGCGGCCGCAGUGUCUGCGUCUGGGCGACCCAACAUCGUGGUCAUCAUGAGCGACGACCAAGACGUACGCCUCGGCUCGAUGAAGUUCAUGGGCGCGGUGCAGCGGGAGCUGGCGGCCAAGGGCAGCACCUUUGCCAACCACCACACCACGUCGGCCCAGUGCUGCCCUUCCAGGGUGGCGCUGCUGCGCGGGCAGGCGGCGCACAACACGAACGUCACCAACGUGUUUGCUCCUGGUGGAAACUACGAGAAGUUUGCGCUCUCUGGAGAGAUGAACGACUACUUGCCUCACUGGCUCAACAAGGCCGGCUACCGGACAGAGUACUUGGGGAAGUUCCUUAACGGAGUCAACAUCCUGAACUGGGUUUCUCAACCGAGGGGCUGGAACCAUGUCGACGUUUUUCUCGAGCCGUACCAGACCACCCCCAACUCGGUGGUCAUGUCGGAGAAUGGAAACACCCCCAUCUGGUUCAAGGGCUUCCAUCAAACGGACAUAAUCCGGGCCAAAGCCCUCGACCGCCUCGACAAGCUCACAGCGACAGAGCAGGACCAGCCCUUCUUCCUCUUCCUCUCCCCGACGGCCCCACACGUGGACGACGAGACGGCCACCACAGUCCCUUGCCAGCGCCACGAGGGCCUCUUCCUCAACGCCACAGUGCCGCGGACCCCGUCCUUCAACCCGCCCGACGCGGUGCAGCGGAACAAGGUCUCGUGGCUCCGCGACCUCGAGCCCAUGCCCGACGCCGACGUGGCCUGGGCCGACGCCGAGUACCGCCGUAGGGCUCAGGCGCUGAUGGGGAUCGACGAGAUGGUGGCUGACGUCGUGGCCAAGCUGGAGGAGAAGGGAGUUAUUGACAACACUUAUAUCAUCUACACAUCCGACAACGGCUACCACCUUGGUCAGCACCGCAUGGCCGUCGGCAAGACCACGCCAUUCGCCGAGGACACCAACCUCCCCUUCGUCGUCCGCGGGCCUGGAGUCCCCGCAGGUGCACGGUCGACGCUGGUGGGCUCGCACCUCGACCUGGCCCCGACCUUCCUGGACAUCGCGGGGGUCUCCCCUCAAGAAAUGCCGGUCUUCCUCGACGGCCGCAGUCUGCUCCCGCAGUGGAAGGACCCACAGAUGAAGCACCCCGGUGCGGGCGAGGGCGGGAACGCCGAGGUGCUCAACGUCGAGUACUGGGGCACCGCGUCCAUCGGCACGCCGAACGGGCGGUUCGCGUCGCCAAAGAACACGUACAAGACCGUCAGGAUCGCUGGGGACGGGUUCGGGUACCUGUACUCGCACUGGUGCGAGACGAGCGAUGUGGAGCUUUACAAUACCACUGACGACCCCCACGAGAUCACCAACCUCGCUCUCAACCCGACCCCGGAGACCAAGCGCCUGAUGAGCCGCCUCAACGCACUACUGCUCGCCACCAAGUCUUGCGCCGAGAACACGUGCCGCAACCCGUGGCAGACCGUCGUGGCCAACACCGCCGCCGCCGGGUCCGUGGCCUCGCUCAAGCAGGCCCUCGACCCUCGCCUCGACGACCUGUUCGCCUCCUUCCCCCAGGUCACCGUCGCAAGGUGCCUGCCCGUGCAGCUGGCGGCCAACGAGGCUCCCUUUUGGCCGCCGCUGGCUCAAGAGGGCUUGGGGCUCGCGCAUAGGAACUACACGCCGUCGCUGGGGCCGAGCUACAAGUUCACGCCGCUGGUGGCGAACGACAAGCCCGAAGGCACGGCGGAGCAGCGGCACGCGACGCUGGCGGACAUGCUGGGGCAGGCGAGGCCGCUGACCAAGGAGGAGCUGGACCCGCUGCAGCCGAGGGGGAUGCGGAAUCUCUGAGGGGAGUGUGUUUGUUUUGAAGGGUGCGGGUUGGGGCUGGUGUUGAUAAUCAUAUAAUUGGAGAGGUACACGUGUCUCUCGGUUUCUGGAGUAUGUGCUAGGUCAUGGUUGACGACAAGUUGACGACAAUGUAGCGAGCCCAGAUAUUGGUUCGGGGAGAACCGGUUUUUUUGUUAGAUCUGGUCUCCUUGAAGGCCUUCCACUCGGCCAAGCUCCGCGUGCUUAUAGCCUCGGACCUGCCUGACCUUGAGCCGGCCUCGACCGCCUCGAUAAGCUUACAUCGGCAUUGCAGGACCGGCCAUUCUUCCUUUUCCGCUCUAGUUAAGCACGUGCACACAGGCCAGAACCAACAGCAUCCGUAGAUAGCGGCACCUCCGUCCAUAAGCGGCCAUAUGUUUUUAGACGGGGAGCAAGAUGCGAUGCGAGACCCAUCCUCAC